AUUCCCUUUUUCUUGUUUGGUGCGUGAUUGCGUCGAUUAAAAAUAAGGAGAGAAGUCAGAAUUCUGUAUCCAACGGAGCGAAAUGGAAGUCAAUUUGUUCGAGGUGGACCCGACGUACGAGCACAUAAGUGCUCCCAUGUACUACGACUUUUGUCAACCAGCAGAGUCCUCUGACGCAGACGAAUGGUUUGCAGCCAAUGGAGAAGGUGGGCCGCGAGUACGGUCUUGUUCUCGAUCUGGGGUUCACAGUGAAUCAGCGUCGCGGGUAUCCUCGGACAGAGCAUCAACUCAGUCGGUGAAGUCUCACGUCAAAGAGCAGGCACAAGUGGCAGCAGGCACAGUGAUAUCGAAUGCGAACUACCGAAGCAAUGGAACGGAUGCAGAAGCUGGCAGCAAAGCAGUUAAAGGUUCGACUGUCAGUGUGCCGGAGACUUGCCAAGGACAAGAACAGCAGGUGUCAGCGGCCUCGGUUGAUCAUGCAAGUGCAGUGGGCGGAGUUGCAUCACAUCCGGGCUCAGCGAAGGGUACACCGCUACAGACCUGCCUGGCUAAUAAAGCGAUAUCUUCCCCUACUUCUUCAAAGACGAAAAGCCCCGUCAAUCCCAUUGCCAGUGAAAAGAAGAUUGCUGGCUCGGCAAACCAGCGGACUACCGAAUCAAAAGGUGCGGCAGGCGAAGCGAAUGGUGGGAAAGAGUCAGAGGUUCCCCUGGCAAGAGUGCUUUUCAGGUCCGAAGAAGCUGAUCAGAAUGCCCCUCCUGUGGGUGGUACCAAUCAAGGGAUGGCAAGCAGUAAAGGACGAGCACACAAGGAUGGUGCAGAUGGGGGCAAGGUCCAUGGGACUAUGGGUGUGGGUACUGAGGGAUGUUCCCCUGCAGGGCAUGGCCGCUCACGGCACCAGACAAACCAGCAAUCACGUCCAGCUUCUGCUGUGCAACGUGUAUUGGUGGACUCGUCCUCCCUGCUAUGGCGGGGACAACAUCGUUCGGUUGGAGGACCCACAACCGCUCUGUCACGAAUGAAGCAAUCUGAGAGUGGCAUUGUGGGGGAAGAAGAUGCAGCCAUCACAGCUACUAAUCUCCGCAAAUGCAAGAGUAACCCAGUCUUUCCAUCCCGGGUAUUGGUGAGUCACGAUCCUGCCGUUGUACGAAAGGGUGGGACUAGCUGUGUGGGUCCGGCGAGGGCCCAGCGUCCUGGUGCCAGUGGCAUUGAAGGAGCACAAAAAGGAUGUGCAACAUCAACUACCCCAGCAACACAGGUGGGAGGAUUAGGUGGCCUGAGGAGCGGAGAUGCAGCGCAUCUGGUGGGCAAGAAUGCUGCUAGGGUGGAGAACUUACCGGUCAGGUCAUCUGUUGAGACUGCGGCGGAAAGAAGAGGGACGGGAAGCAGCAGCGGUAGAACGAGGGGGGCUUGCCGAGGUAGAAUUGUCAUCGGGAAAAAGGCGGGUAGUCUAACCAGGCUGAGUUCCAGGCUAGCAGGUGCAGCGGGCAGCCGUAGCCUCGAUGGGAGGGGCCCAGCGGUCACAAGCAAGGAUUCCUUAGCUGCUGAUAACCGAAUCCAGUCUGGUCCAGCUGUGGGCAAACUGGCUGUUGACGGUAGUGCCCCUGCUAGGCUCGGCAGUCAUGUGGUGGCUACUGUGGCAGGGAAUGCAGACAGUGGCUUGUCAUCAUCAUCAUUUUGUGCUGGUAACAGCAGUGGUGGAAAGCCUGCUACGAGGGCUGCUGCAGCUGUCGUGAGAGGUGGUGGGAGAAUCGGUGAGGGGUCCAAGCAUCUCAUGCGGAGCUGUGGCGCGGAACCUACCCCGUCGACUCCUGUCAUGGCUAAGGUCUGUUGCUCGCCCCGCUGUGCCUCUAAAGAUCCCAAUUACAAUCAGCGGGUGCUGGUUGCUGGCCAUAGGUUGCGAAAAUCAAGCAGCAAGAAGCGAAGGAAGAGCUCUCGAUCACGUGCAAGCAAUGGGAGCAGUGGAAUUGGGAAGGUUUCCCAGGCUUUGGAGGAUGCGGCUGUGGAAGGUGGAGUUGCUCAUGAAGGCGAAAGGUCGGCUGGUCACAAUGAGAAGAGCAGCAGAGAGGCCAGCACUGUAGAUGGUAGUGAGGCUUCUGCUCCUUGUGGGAUGAAUAAGUUGACCAAUCCAGUGGCUCGGCAUGGUGAUGCUAGCAGACCGUGGAAGGUCAAAGGAGGAAAGAAGAAGGGGGAGACGGGUUCAUCUGCUGAGCCCCUACUUGAUGCAAGAGAGGCUGUCAGUCUUAAUGUAUGUUGUUCCCAUGAGAAGCAACAUCAAGAGCAAAGCAGUGCCAGCAAGUGCAAUCAUUUCUCUGCACCUGCGAAUAUCCCAGUGUUCGCAAUGACCUCAGCCGCAAAACUUUCCCCUUUUUCUGGUCUGCAAUACACUGGUCCCACGACAAGUGAUGGUCCAGUUUUGGGUGAUGGUAAUGGCUGUGAUAUUGAGUUGGGGGAUGAGUCAUCUUUCGAGAAAGAGAUUGAGAAGAUGGAGAAUGCGAAUCUGGAAGAGCUUUGCAUUCCUGCUGCCUCUGGUCUUUCUUCCACUUUUAGUCAGAAUAUCAGCGAGAGCAGUAGCGUGGGAGCCAUAGCCGGUGGUUCUCCAGGCGUAGGAGUCACCAGUGGGAGCAAUGGCGACCGUGCAAUUCAGGGUGCGGGUCCGAUUUCCCUUGGGAAGAGCUGCUUUAUUUCCAGAAGUUGUGUUCUUGAUGGUAAUGAGGCCAUGUGGAUGGCUCAGACAGAAUGCAAAACCACUGCACUGCCCGCGCAUGACGAUGGGGAGAAGUCGGGGGUGCUGCAAGGUGAAGAACGUGGUGUAGAAUGUGUCGUCACACCAUUGCCCAGUUCCAAGAAGGCAAAUGGAAUGUCUGGAAGUGGAGGAAUGGUUAGAACCAGUGGUAAAGGCAGGGUAAAAUCUCGAUCUGCAUCCCUCUGUUUGACCCGUCAAGCGGCUAUCGCUGCUGCUGCUAUGCUUGGGGAGGCAGAGUCAUUGUUGAGUGAUAAAAGGUCUUCCAAGGAGGGCAGGCCAGUGAGGCACAGCUAUGGUGGGAGGACGAUGGUUAAAGAAAGAUGGGCGGGAGGGUCAGAUGAGGACAGCCGAAUAAGAGACCGUGUACUACACAGUCGUGACACCACUGUGACCGUUGGCCGUGCUUCUGCUGAGGUAUCCUCUGAAGGAGUCGUGGAAGGACUUCUGCAGCACAUACUGUAUCAGAAUGUUGUGUUAUCAGGUCGAAGAACUUUGUGCAUGGAGGAUAAUCGAGAGAGUGUUGGGGAUGUGAAAGAGGUUGUACAGGAUGACAUUUGCAAGGGUGGGUGUGAUGCCAGCGAGUGCCGUGGGAUUGAAUGUAUACGGCUGGACUCCACACCGGCUCAGACUAAGCAGGAAGAAAGUCGGAACUCAACUGCGGGGAAGAACUUGUUUGAUAUUGAAGGCGUCAGCAAUUCACCAGAAGCUGGGAGUAAUGGGAACGACCAGGACACUCAGAACUGUUUUGGUGUGGGAACCAGUGGCACUUACUAUGGUGAUGAAAAGGCCGUGAAGAGAGGGAGGAGAGAGCUGUCGAGAAGCAGGAGCAAGUUGCUUCAGUAUCGGAAAGGGGAUAGCCCUCGUUGUUUGGCGGUAAGGAAUCCCUCCAGAGAGAAGGCGAACAAGAUGUCUAUUGCACGAGAGAUGAACAAGCUAGCCCUUGAGAGCCGAAGACUCCGUUUGAGAAAGAUGUGGUCAAGUGAUAGGAUGCUACACCAAUCUGGCGAGGAGACUGUAAGAAGUUCAUCGAAUGCAGCUUUCACAUGUGAGGGUGCUGCGCAACGAAGGUCAACCUCACAAUGGAAAUUCAAUGACAAUCUUUGCUGCAGCACACAGAGUGUGUCAACUGCUCUGCCAGGCAAGGAACAGGAUGAUGUGCCAUCAAAGGAGACUGUGGAUUCAGCACGGUCGACUGCAGCCACAAAAGAUUUUAUUCUAGAUGCCAUGUCUGACCGGAGGCAGCAAAUGAGGAAGAGCCUGACCCGAAAUGACAUCUGUUUGCAAGGAAUUAAGGUUUUCAGGCGACUCUCAAGAGCAAAGACUAGGCUGCCCCUUUGCAAGCAAGCUAAACUGACAACAACUCCACGGAAGAUUGUGCUCUACUCUGAGUUGAGAGCUAUUCAGAGGAUGAUUUUUGACCAGAAGGUCGCAGAAAAACAGAGAAUGUUGGAGAUGGAAAGACGGGAGCAAGAGAGGUUAAGGAAGCUAGCUGAAGAGGAAGAGAUCAAGCUUCUGCGUAAGCAGAUGGUGCCUCGUGCGCGAUUGAUGCCCUAUUUCGAUCGUCCAUUCCGGCCCAGCAAGUCUAGUAAGCUGCUGACAGUGCCAAGGACACCACGCAUUCGGCCAUUGUCUUGCAGAAACGGACUCCACAUGCAUAACUCGCCAGCAUCGGUAUCUCCAUUCCCUUGGCGUUCGAAGAGACGUUGAUCAUCAUUUCCGCCCUGCGAGGCUAUGGUUAGGUGUUCCUGAAGUGCGCCUGCGCUUAGUUCUGUCAAUGCGAGGAUCUUCAAUUGCUGGUAUCUAUGGGGUCCAUGCUGGAAAAUGUCACAUCUGCAUGGAGAGAAACUUGGACGGCUCCUUGAUGGCUUUGUUGUAUGCAAAUUCUUGUGCUGAACAAAGAGCCAAUGCGUCUAGUUCUCUUAGGUCGCUAUCACCAUCCCUACGUCGGAUAAGGUAUGUGGAAGUGGUGAGUGGUGUGUGGGUGGUGUGUCACACCAGCUGUGAUCCUGGCCUGAAGGCAAGUGAGGGCAUGCAUAUCAUCAUCUUACAUGCCAGGUCAAGGACCCCCGGCUGCUGGGCCUCCUCGAAAUGGUCAAGGCGACUGCUUGGCACAGCUCACGCCAGGUGAGUGAGUGCACGCAUGUCAUCAUCUUAUAUGACAGGGCAAGGACCCUUGGCAGCUGGGCGUAAGUGAAACCGAUCAGGGCAUCGCUCGUCACAGCCAUGAGCCUGAAGGCAGAAACCAAGCGCAAGGAGCUUCCAUGGGAGGGAAGUCAUUUUGCUUGCACACUCACUUCCUUGUGUACAGUAGUUAGUGUGUAUAUUCUAUGAUGGCUGCAGUGGCUGACCUGCUGUGGUUUCCUGCACAUGGCUUGCAUUAAGGCGGUAUCGUAGCUGAAAGAGAGGUCAAGCUUUUUUUCUAAAGCAUGUGGGAGGAGUCGGAGGAUGAUAUGGGUGUGAGAAGAGCACAUCUCGGUUAGCAAAAAGGUCAUCAAGGUAUGUGUCUCCAGUGCAUGUUUUACAAGGAUGGAUCUUGAACUGGUGGAUUGUGAAGCAGUUGUUUGUCGAAGCUACUGAUGAAGUGAGCAGAUCAUUGCCUUGUACAGCCCUUCUUAGCAAUGAUCCUCAAAGAAACAACCAGCUGCAGAGAUGACAUGCUUGAAUUUGGAAAACAGCUGAUGAAGCCAGACAGGUAAUAAUUGUGGGCUUCUGCAUACGCUCUUGCCUCUGACCACCUGGUUAGUCCUGCACGAACUCUUAGAAACAGGUUAUUUCUAGUUCAUGACUUGCAUCCCAGACAGUUCCAAUUUGAACUGGCUAAUGCACAUGACCACUGCAGAGGAGAACUUCCUCGGUCAUUUUACAUUGGUUUGUUUUCCAGGCUGGAUGGCCUCGUUAACCGUCUUGUUCCUGGGAUUGACGUCCAUGCGAUGAUUCAAGCGGUUAUGCAGUUUGAAGCUUGAGCUGUUGCUAUGUUUCGGGUUCUAUCUCAUUAUUAUUUUAAGUCGGAAAACUCGGCACGCCAAUGCCGUUGCCCUUGCCCCCCCCUCCCCCCAAAUCGUUGACUUUCUACUGAUUUACAACUCAGGGAUUUGUACCACAAUUCCAGGGUAUAAUUCACCAGUCUGGCGGAACUUGGGACGCAGUACUUAGGUAGGUUUCAUAGGUCUCUGUGCUGUAGAAGAGACUGUUGUUGAAUUGGCGGCCCGGUUCUUGCCGAGGCCAACCUCAAGAGUGGUGAAGAAGGGCUUGAUUGUUCGGUAGUGCUUGAUUGUUCAGCAUUGAGUACAUAGGUGGGAAGAGUAGUGCUGUCUCAGAAGUCUGCACCGUUUGAGGGUCAGAGUCUGUUUUGGUGGAAAGGACGGCAGUGCUUGAUUGUUCAUCUGGAGAAGGUAGUCUGCAGUAUACAAUGUAAUGAUUCUGCCAAACAGAUCAACUUGUUGGAAUUCUGGUCAUACUCCACGCAAGCAGGUUUGGGACCCGAUCAAUACAAAGACGAACUUGGGUUUUUGGCUGUGGUUGCAUUGAUGCCUGUACAUGUUCUGUCAAAUCAUUCUCCUAAUCGUGGAGGGCCUGCGAUUUUAAGAAAAGCUCUUGAAUGCU